AUGGCUUGUGUAAAGAAGGAAGAGGAGGACGUAAGACAUCGACAUGCAGACGUCCCAAUUAGGAAGAAGAUGAUAAUGAUGAUGAUGAUGGCAUAUUCAAAAACGGAAGAGGAGGAGAAAGAGGAAGAGGAUUCAGGAAUAGAGAGACAUGCACCCGUCCCAAUUGGCAAGCUGCUUGAAGAUUUUCAGUACAGGGAAUCACCCAGUUGCUCCUCUACAAGUAGGAAUGUGGUCAUUGUGAUGGACGCUCUCAAAGGCUUCUCUUUGGAACCACUGAAGUGGGCCUUGGUUCAUGUCAUCAAACCUGGCUUCGUUGUCACUCUCCUUGGUGUAAUGCCCUGGCUCAACUUUUGUCUCUCCUGCAAGACAUGGUUACAUGUUUGGACACUGAACCUGGAUGAUUUGCACGCAUUGAGAGAGAUAAGUGAGUGGAAGAACUAUAGAAAAUAUCAGACAGUUCGAGCAGUACUGGAGCUUUGUGAGAAGUAUAGGGUGAUUCCAAAUAUGAAAGUUGCCAUGGGUGACCCGCUGCGGCUUGUGGCUGUGGAGCAUAUUACAAACCUUCAUGCGGCAUGGGUGGUUUUUGAUAAGCACCAAAGGAAGAACAAAGCUUUCUAUGCGAAGAAGAUACCAUGCAACAUGGUGAUGAUGAAGAGCGAUGGAGAGGUUGAAAUGCUUAGAGUACGCCCAAUGAUCCAGAGUAGUGAGAAUGUCACUCCCGAACAAUCUCCGGCACCGAAACCACUGGUUCCCAAGGUGAUGAUUUCCAAGGAGUGGAUGGAAAUUUUGAAUUCGUAA